AGCGGGUGAGGGGGCUCGUGCCCGGCAGUGGUUGAGUGCAGGGUGCGGGGAGGAAGUGUUUAGUCACAGCGGCAGAUCGUGCAGCUCUCACCCGCUCGGGGGAGGGACCGGGUCACUGUGGGGGCUGGGCUGUCACACACGAGGAAAUCCUAGGAGUUGUUGUGCUGUUCAUGCAGAGAGGGUGAGGGGCGAGGGCUGGACACUGCCGCCUGGACUUAUUAGGCUGCAGGAUGAGAACUUGUCAGAUGUGAGUACAAGGUGCUAGCGUCAGACCGCUGUCAGCAAUGAGGAGCCGCAGUAAUUCUGGGGUACGCUUGGAUAGAUACGCCAAACUUGUCCAGCAAACCAUCCUCUGCCACCAGAAUCCAGUAACUGGCCUGCUGCCUGCAAGCUGUGAACACAAAGAUGCCUGGGUGCGGGACAAUGUCUAUACAGUCCUUGCCGUGUGGGGCCUCAGUCUUGCUUACAGGAAGAAUGCAGAUCGAGAUGAAGACAAGGCGAAAGCUUAUGAACUGGAACAGAACGUGGUCAAACUCAUGAGAGGCCUUCUUCAGUGUAUGAUGCAGCAAGUGUCUAAAGUUGAAGAAUUUAAAUACAGCCAGAGCACAAAGGAUAGUCUUCAUGCCAAGUAUAACACAAGCACUUGUGCCACCGUAGUAGGAGAUGGCGAGUGGGGUCACUUACAGCUUGAUGCUACUUCCAUAUACCUGCUCUUCCUGGCACAGAUGACAACAUCUGGUCUCCAUAUAAUCUACACAUUGGAUGAGGUGAACUUUAUACAGAACUUGGUGUUUUACAUAGAAGCAGCAUAUAAAACGGCUGAUUUCGGAAUGUGGGAACGUGGUGACAAAACAAACCAGGGCAUUGCUGAGCUAAAUGCCAGCUCUGUGGGAAUGGCCAAGGCUGCUCUUGAAACAUUAGAUGAACUGAACUUGUUUGGAGCUAAAGGUGGUCCUCAGUCAGUUAUACAUGUGUUGUCAGAUGAGAUUCAGCAUUGUCAGUCUAUUUUGCAGUCGAUGCUUCCAAGGGCCUCCUCAUCUAAGGAGAUUGAUGCUGGGGUCCUUUCUGUCAUUUCUUUUCCAGCCUUUGCAGUGGAGGAUGCUCAACUGGUUCAGAUCACCAAGCAGGAAAUAAUCGACAAGUUACAGGGACGGUAUGGUUGCUGCCGGUUUCUCCGUGAUGGUUACCGUACACCAAAGGAGGAUGCCUCCAGGUUAUACUAUGAACCAGCAGAGCUGAAACUCUUUGAGAACAUUGAGUGUGAGUGGCCUCUCUUCUGGACUUAUUUAAUCCUAGAUGGGAUUUUUAUUGGUGACAUGGAGCAGGUGCAGGAAUAUAGAGAGGCGAUCGAAAGUGUUCUCAUCAAGGGACCUCAUGGCGUCCGCCUAGUUCCAGAAUUAUACAGCGUGCCAGAGAACAGUGUUGAAGAAGAGUAUCAGAAUCCUCACACAGUGGACCGCAUACCCCAGGGAAAACUGCCACAUAUGUGGGGACAGUCACUUUAUAUUCUAGGCUGUCUAAUGUCUGAGGGUUUCCUGGCUCCUGGAGAGAUUGAUCCCCUCAACAGAAGGUUUUCUACUGUCCCCAAACCAGAUGUGGUUGUUCAAGUUUGUAUUCUAGCAGAGACUGAAGAAAUCCAAGAAAUUCUGCAAAGACACGAUAUUGAGGUGGAGAUGACGACUAUUGUGAACCCCAUCAGGGUGCAGCCUGCUAGGAUUCUGAGCCACAUCUAUGCCCGGCUUGGUCGCAACAAAAAGAUGAAACUGACUGGAAGACCCUACAGAAAUAUGGGUGUCCUGGACACUUCCAAACUGUACACCAUACGCCAAAACAUUUUUGCUUUCACUCCACAGUUCAUAGAUCAGCAACAGUUUUAUCUUGCUUUGGAUAACCGGAUGAUCGUGGAGAUGUUGCGCACUGACUUGUCCUACCUGUGUAGUCGCUGGAGAAUGACUGGAAGACCAACCAUCACUUUUCCAAUAUCACAGUCCAUGCUCGAUGCAUCCGGCACAGAUCUGGAUCCAGCUGUACUUGCCACUCUUAGGAAACUCCAGGAUGGCUACUUUGGUGGAGCCAGAAUUCAGACUGGACGCUUGUCCGACUUUCUGACCACAUCAUGCUGCAAGCAUCUUAGCUUCAUGGACCCUGGUGUGGAGGGUAAGCUGUGCGCCGGGGGGAGUGGCUACAUCAGGGGAAAGUCAAUCAUCGUGCAGGAGCUGGAAACGCCCCUGCAUGCAGCUCCCACAGCCGAUGAUGAAGACUCAGAUGACGAAGUAGCUCAGUAUCUUAGCCAUCUCUUGGGCUCCACUGCGCCCCGACCAACACCUGUAACACAGAGAGGAGGACUACAUAGAUUCCGUGCUGCAAUUCAUAGCACGCAGGAUAUUAUAUCCCUGCGCACAAAAGCCAAGAAUCUGAAUGUGCAAGAUGUCCAGAUGUACCUGCCUACCAAGUUGUUUCAGGCUACACAGCCCACCCUUGAUCUGCUGAAUACUACACCGCAAAAAAAGCAAACAAGCAAGAUUCCGGCCAGCUAUGCAGAGAUGCAUCUUCCUCAGGAUUCAUCUGGGCAAACAGAUUUUGCUGCCCUAGUGGAUAUCUUACGGGAUACGGAAGGUGUCCAGGAGCAAGCGAACAUCCUGUAUAUCUUAAAUUCCAUGAAAGGAUUGGAUUGGGACACACAGAUAUAUGGACAGCCUGGUGUGACGGUGAAAGAUCUUCUGGUAGAACUGUAUGGGAAAGUCGGAGCUACAAGGCAAUGGGCGCUGAUACGUUGUAUUUCAGGCAUGCUGAAAAAGAAAGUUGAAGCUCUAGAUGAGGCCUGCACAGAUCUUCUGUCUCAUCAGAAACAGCUCACAGUGGGCCUGCCUCCUGAACCUCGGGAAAAGACCAUUACUGCGCCCCUCCCGUAUGACAAGCUAAUUGCUUUAAUUGAAGAUGCUAGUGAACAGAAUAUGAGUAUAUCUAUCCUCACGCAGGAAAUCAUGGUGUAUCUGGCAAUGUACAUGAGGACACAGCCUUUAUUGUUUGCUGAGAUGUUUCGCCUGAGAAUUGGACUUAUCAUCCAAGUUAUGGCAACUGAACUUUCCCAAUCCCUGCAAUGUUCAGCGGAAGAAGCCACAGAAAGCCUAAUGAACCUCAGUCCAUCUGACAUGAAGAGCCUUUUGCAUCACAUUCUGAGCGGCAAGGAAUUUGGUGUAGAAAGAAGUGUGCGAUCUAUGGACAAAAUGGCCAGUCCUGCAAUUUCUAUUCAUGAAUUGGGAGCAGUUGGAGCAACCAAGAGUGAGAGAGCCGGAAUCACACGUCUGAAGAGUGAGAUAAAACUGCUGGAUAAACGUAGACUGUCUCUGGCUGCAGAUGGCCAGGAUGUGGAUAUAUUUUCAGCUGCGUCACUGAAACCUGGAGACCCACUAUCCUCUUCUGGGGACCUCUCCACAUCACUCUUCUCCGAUAGCAACAGCUCUUAUGACAGCCGACAAGGCCAAUGGCUCAGAAGAAGACGACUGGAUGGGGCCCUGAACAGAGUUCCUGUAGGCUUCUAUCAGAAAGUCUGGACAAUCUUACAAAAGUGCCAUGGGUUGUCUAUAGAGGGCUUCGUCCUGCCAUCCUCUAGCACACGGGAGAUGACCCCAGGCGAGCUAAAAUUUUCUGCGCAUGUGGAGUCUGUACUUAAUCGUGUGCCACAGCCGGAGUAUCGCCAGCUGCUAGUGGAAGCCAUAUUGGUUUUAACUAUUCUCGCUGAUGUAGAAAUCUACAGUGUGGGUGGCAUCAUCCAUGUGGAGAAGAUUGUGCAUCUUGCUAAUGACUUGUUCUGUCAGGAGCAGAAAGCCCUUGGUGCAGAUGAUGCCAUGUUGAAAGUAGAUCCUGAAACUGGAAUUUGUGCCUUGCUGUAUGAUAGUGCCCCCAGUGGACGUUUUGGCUCCAUGACAUACCUCUCCAAAGCCGUGGCAAUAACACUACAGGAAUCCCUUCCACACGGUGGUUGUUCCAUGCAGUGACCACACAUCAGAACAUUAGAGAGGAUGAACCUGUAACACACUACAUGACUUCCCUGCUGUUGUUGUGAUGAUGCUUACAUGUAAUACACAAACCUG